AGCGUACACAGUACGUGCGAAAAGUGCGUCGAGCUCCAAUCACGAUAGCCGUCAUAAAUAUCGAGGGGUAAAUGCGAAAUUGAUAAUUGGUCGUCUGCUCUCCGUCGAAAGUAGAGGCUACUUUACCGUUUGUUCAAUUUCCACGAGAAAAAUAAAAUCUGUUGAAACCGCAUUGGCUAUUGAAAGCCAGCCAUGGGGAAGUCUACCGAAGAGAAACUUUUAGAGUACAUCAGAGAAGGGGAAGUUUUAAAAGUGAAAUCUUAUCUGAAGAAACAUGCCCUUCUUGAUCUGAAUCUAAUUCGGCACCGGGAUCAGCUGCUUCGUACACCGCUGCACAUCGCCUGCGCUGCCGGCCAUGAGAAGAUUGUCCGGCUGCUGAUGCGCCUUGGGGCGAGCUCUGAAAUCCAGGAUUCAAAGGGGGAUACACCCCUUCAUCUAGCUCUCAGGCGUGUCCUACAUGGAGAUGAAUAUGCAUUUUCUGAACUGGUCAUCCCCAUUCUGGAGAAGAGCAACCGUAACGUGAUAGAUGUGAGUAAUGAUGUCGGAUUCACGCCACGUCAGAUGAUGAAUGAAACAAACAACAAAUGGCAGUUCGUUACCAUGACGGAUUUGGAGGGCCGUCUAAACCGAAGACAUGACGAGAGUAAACACGAAAAAGAACCACAAUGGAAGACAGUCGAUGAACAUCUCGAUGAAAAGGUCAUGUGGGAACAUGAUUGCUGGGAAGAUUACGCUGGCCACGACUGUGAUUCUUUCGACGCCUGGGCGAGUCGGAUAGCGCAAGAGUUCCGUCGCAAGCACCAGGAGGAGGAGAAGAAGUACCAACCCCAGGCACCCAAGGUCCAACACAACAUCCGGCUCCAGCGGGAGUACGUUCCCACCCCCGAGGCAAAGCAGGAGACACAAUGGAGGAAACAGGAGAUCCAGAUGCAACGUCAGAAGGUCCGUCGCGUCGAGCGUGAACGCCAGAAGACUCUGAAGCAGAAGCACUCCUACAUGAAACUCUGCGACAAGGUCUUCCAUGAGAUGGCCAACGAUCUUCUACGGUUCCGCGACAUUCCCUGGCCCUGCUCCACUGGCAAGGUAGAGAACAUGAUCAAGGUGCUUCUCUGCGACGUGGACGUGACCAACAAACAGGAGCUUCGGCGGUUCAUCAAGGCACAACAGCUCAUAUGGCACCCGGACAAGUUCCUGCAGCGGUGUGGACAGCGACUGGUACAGAGGGACAGGCAGCAGAUUAUCGGAAAGGUCACCGAGUUGGCGCAAACACUGAACCAGCUGUACGACAUUGGAACGCUACCCAAGGGUCUACUAUAGUCGCAAGAGAUGUUCAUAAAGAGGUUCUCCCCUGCUGCUUCAGCGGUGCUCAUCGACUUCAAGCAAACAAUAUUGGCCCCUCGUAAGCGAACGUCAUCAUAUAUCAAAGACUUUGCUCAGCAAAGGGAUCGACAUCGGUAAACUCGAAUUGAAAUCUAGCAGAAUGACUCUUGUACGAUUUUUUUUUUUCGUUCAAUUAUAAUGAGUUUGAAAUGAAGGAAUCAGCAUUGAGACAUUACAUACAUUUUGAGAUCUACUGUAUAUAGUAGGCAUAUUGUUGUUUUCUGCUGAUUAUCAGGAAUACUACAUUCGUAAUGUUUUUCAAAACACUUUUUUUGUAUUAGUUUUUUUCUAUUGGUCUGUAUAUUUUAUCUCUCUCAACGACGUACUGAUGAUGUAUAAUUUAGGUGAAUUGUGUUAUCCAAGUAGGCGAAUUAAGAGCAAUUUUAAGUGUAUGUGUUGAGGUGAUUGAAAUUAAAUGUUUAAUGGGAGAUUAUACAACAUUACAACAAGGCAGCCUGGUGUAUAUGUUGCAUUAGUGAAGGAAAUUUAGGCAUAUGAGUCUCAUAAUGAAUUAUUGUUGCAUUGCUUAGAUUAAUAUCAUUAGACAUACAUGUGUUUCAAUUUACUUCACAAAGACUGAGAUAGUUUAAUAGUUAAAUAAUUUGGACAACAUUGAGGUAUUGUAUAUUCUGUUCCAUUAUAAACUAAUUCAGUUUCCAUGGUUACAGAAUGAUCGAUAUGAUAUUCCAGAUUUUAAAGCCAAAUGCAAAGAAACCGGUAAUUCUGACAAGAGUUGUGGACUAAUUAUUACAAUCGACUCCAAGAGCUGACGUCAAAACUGAUAAAGGGUUGUUUUUGCUUCAUACAGAAACAAAAACAUAAUUGGUUCCUUCGCGAAACAAACAAAACAAAUCUAACAUCUGAAUGUUUUGGUAACGUGCUAGCCUCCUGACAUGUAUUCAUAUCCUCUACUUAGUGUUUAAAGGCUGUAUACCACUUUGUACGCUUGAAAUAUUUAACUUCUUAAACACAGCGAUAGAAUAAACUCUCGUUUACGAAUUCACCGUAGACUGUAGAAUUUGGAAACUGCUUUAAAACUCUAAAUAAACCUCAAGAUCCUGUAAUUAUCAUAAACCUGACUGACUUGUUUUCCUUCUGAUGACAUUUUAUUUAGACAUCAAAUAUCUGAUUGAUUACGUCCCAUAAAUCAAUCGAUAAAUUCGAUUCCGUCAUAGAAUCUUAUCCCAGUUGUAUAAAUACACAAAAAGAUUACGCAUUCAAUUUAAAGUUGGUCUUUCUAUACAUGUGAUCGCAGUAUGGUAUAAUGAUUGCACGUGAUGAAUGUCAUGUUUGCAAUAUUUGUAUAAGUGACAUGCCUACCUAAUACCUUUAAGUGUAUUAAUUUCUUGAUCGUCUGUAGAGAUGACCUUAAGGAGUUGCACGUUAUCUUGUCAUACAUCUUACACGUGAGUCUGAGCGGAAAGGUGCUGAACUUAGUCCAACUUCUCGAGUGGGUUUUUCCUUCCUUCAUGAACCAUAAUUUGUCUCCUCUAAGUGCAUGCGAAUGGGUGCGGAUAUUUACUGUUGCUUUCUCAGUAGUCGCCUUGUUUUGAUAUUACA